AUGCCCGCCCGAGAUCGUCGCCAUCGGAGGCGCGAGCCCGAAUGGUCACAACCCGACGGAGACUACGACGACUCCCCCCGCCCCCCAUCCGGCCGUCACGGCAAUGGCGCCCCAGACUACGAAUAUGUCGACGCCGACAGAGGCUACCAUACUUCGCCUCCUCGUCGCCGGGGGCCCUACCCAGAUUACGAAGAGGACCCCUCCCCGCCACCUCGUCAUCGCCGCGACCGAACCCAAGAUCGGCCCAGAGACGACAAGGACCGAAGCAAAAAGGACUCCCGCCGCUCCCGGCAUAGCCCUUCCGCUCCUCGCUCUCACCGUUCCCACUCUCUAGAACCACCGCGCCGCCGUGGCCGCCGAAAAAACUCAUACGCCGACUCGUCCUCCGACGAAGACGACGACCCCCACCACGUACGUGACGUACCCCCCUCUGGCCCCUCCGCCUCCUCGUCCCAUCGCCGCGCAGCCAGCGACACCCGCCACCGACCCCGCGGAAGCAACAAAUACUACCCCCCACGCACAAGCGACAACAAACAUCGCAGCAGCCGCCGCCACCACGACGACCGCGGUCGAAACCGACGCCGUCACGAUCCUUACGACGACGACGACGACGACGACGACGACGACGACUCAAGUGACGAAGACGCCGGCUACGGCCGCGGCGGCCGCCGCCACAGCGACCACCGCAGGGCCCGGUCCGCGUCAGCGUCGUUCAACUCCCCGAUGGACAAGGACAAGAUCGUGGCGGCGGGGAGCGCGGCGCUGGCGGCGUGUGCGUCGGAGGCGUGGAAGCUGCGCAAGGACCGGUCGAAUUGGGCGCAGAAGGGGACGAAAUUGGCCUCGGCGGCGGCGGGGGCGGCGGCCAUUGCCGCGUUUCGGGAUCGGGACCAGCAGGAGCAGCAGCAGCAGGGGCAUGGCUAUCCCCCUCGUGGGUAUGGAGGGUAUGGGGAUGAGUAUGAGUAUGAGAGGCCGAAGAAGAGGGGGAGGGUGAAGGCUAUGCUGGGGGGGCUUCUGAUGAACCGGUUCGCUUCUGCUGCGAGGAGGCGCGUUUUGAGGUCCCAGUCGGUUGCCAUCAACCCACAGGCUGCCAAGGAAGGUAUACUGCGUCUCUGGAGUCUAGACUGGAAUCAAUCGUCGCAUGAGACGGUAAAAGCAACCAGCUGGGAGAUUCUGAAGCGUCUCCAAUCAUCUCAUAUACAUCGAAUCGUCACCAUCGCCGUCAUCGACAUCAUCGACCAUCACCAUCGCAAAACCAUGGAAGUUAUUUACCUGUACAAUACUCACAUUGUCGUCCCCCCUCCAUCCAACGAUGCCCUAGGGGGUCGGCAGCAAACAUCUCCAAGGGGCGGAGACAAGCUUUCCUAA